CAGCUGAUCGAAGGCGGGCUGCGCCAGUAUGGCUAUGGUGGAAACAUCCUACGAGUACGGUCAAAACGUGAGUCAAGCGCCGCCAUUGCCAUUGACAGCAAAGAACCGACGGAAAUACGUACCAACGUAAAGGUGGCAUGGCAUCAUCACGUAAUUUACGGUAUGAAACUUCGAGGAGUGACAAAAGAUUUGACCGAGGACAAACGAGUGAAGACGGUUCACAGUUGA